CAAGCAAAUUCUGCAGUUUUCCAAAAUAAAUAUUUUUCUCAUGAGAGUCUCCCUUUCUUUGAAAUUUAUACUUUUAGGCUCUCUGAGUAUUCCCUUAAAUUUUGUGACCUGUUUCAUCAAUAAGAUGAUAGAGGGAAGUUUGCAAAUUUUCAUCUCUUUUGCACAUUCUUUUCUUGCCUAAUGGAUAAAUAAUUUCCAGAAGUUUCUGUCCUAACUCAUGUGCACUAAAAUUCAGUUGGAUAAUAAAAAAGCAUGUCUAUAAACCGAAGCCAUUCUGAUGGUUAUUUUCUGAAACUAAAAUUUAGCAUGAGUGAGAGAUAAAAUAAUAAUAUAUUAAAGGCUUCAUUUUUACUACUUGUACAAAUAUGAUAUUGGCAGCAAUCAUUGUGUAGCACUGGACCGGGAAUCAGGAGACCUGGUUUCUAAUCCCUACUCUGUCACUAACAAGCUGUGUGAUCUUGAAGCUUAAGUGAAAAUGGUACAUGUUAGAAGACAUGAAACAAGGAAAAAUUCUAAAACUCAAGUGCCUGAGCAAAAAUCUCGUGUUGAUUGGCGGCGGACUAAAAGAAAUAGUAUCUCACAGUUAUUUGAUAGUGAUGAAGAGUUUGAUAGUGAUGAGGAACUUGAUAGUGAUGAACAGCUUGAUAGUGAUGAAAGUGUUGAUAAUGAUGAAGAACUUGAUAGUAACAAGGGGCUGGAUAGUAAUAACACACCAGAAAAUGAAAGAGUGCUUAAACUAAUCAAAACUGAAAGUGAAGGAACCAGCAGUAAGCAUGUCAUUAACACUGGCAACAGUUCAACAUAUGAAGAAGAAAUUAACAAAACCAAUCAUAGGAAUAUUGACUUGACAGAUCAUGAAAAGCACUUGAGUCAAGAAGAGAAGGAUCUCAAAAAACAUACUGUACAAAUCAUAGAUGAGGAUUUAGAAGAAGAACACAUCAAGCGAGUGAAAAGAAAAAGGAUUUCCUCUGUGAUGUAUGACAGUGAUGAGAGUGAUGACAGUGAUAUCCUAAUUAGAAAAGUAGGUGUUAAACGUCCACGAAGAGUGGUUGAAGAUGAAUGUUCUUCAGUGGAAAUGGAGCUAAAAAACCCUGAGAAAUCAUUAGCUACUCGAAAGCAAGAACAACUCCAGAAGUUGAAAGAACUCUCAAAACAAAGAUCUCGCCAAAGACGCAAUAGUGGUAGAGAUUUUGAGGACUCUGAAAAGGAAUCCUGCCCAAGCAGUGAUGAAGAGGAGGAGGAGGAUUCUGAAUAUGAUGAAGAUGGAGAUAAUUAUAUUAUUGAUGACUUUGUAGUACAAGAUGAGGAGGGUGAUGAAGAGAAUAAAAAUCAACAAGAAAAAAAAUUAACUACCUCUCAAUUGAAAUUAGUAAAACAGAAUUCUCUUUAUUCUUUUAGUGACCACUAUACUCACUUUGAAAGAGUUGUGAAGGCCCUUCUGAUCAAUGCUUUAGAUGAAUCUUUUCUGGGAUCAUUGUAUGAUGGCACCAGGCAAAAAUCGUAUGCACAAGAUAUGUUGACAUCUCUUCAUUAUUUGGAUAAUCGCUUUGUUCAGCCCCGUCUAGAGAGUUUAGCUUCUAGAAGUCGUUGGAAAGAGCAAUAUAAGGAGCGAGUAGAAAAUUAUUCUAAUGUGAGUAUCCACUGGAAGAAUCCUGAAAACUGUUCCUGUCAGGCUUGUGGAUUGCAUCGCCACUGCAGAUAUUCAGUGCAUUUAUCAGGAAAGUUGUAUAAUACCAGGACUAUGGAAACAGAUGAUUUUAUGUCACAUGAUAAACAGGUGUUUACUGUUGGCAGAAUAUGUGCUGAUCGUACCAGAAUUUAUCAUAAACUGAAACAUUUUAAGUUCAAACUCUACCAGGAAUGUUGCUCUCUUGCAAAGACAGAAGAAGUUGAGGAUGAACAGGUUAAAGAAACAGUGGAAAGAAUUUUCAGUCAGUCAAAAGAAAAUGGCUGGAUUAAAGAGAAAUAUGGUCAACUUGAAGAAUAUCUCAAUUUUGCGGAUUACUUUCAAGAUGAGAAGUUUGACUGAAUUAUAAUACAUUUCCUUCGGAGAAGAUUUUAUAAAUUCCUGUAAAUGUGAAGAUCAUGAACCUUGUUUCACUGUACUAUGUGGCAUUUUAUAUGUUUUUUGUGUAUCUUCAAGCAAAAUAUCUUGUUUAAAACAUGUUCAUUUAAUUUCCCAUGAAAUGGCACUCUAUAUCUGAUAAAACUUUUAUCUGCUGUACAUGGAAAACAAGCUUAAUAAUUUUUAAGCCCAUUAAUGUAUUUUUAAAGUUAUCUAACAAUGCCUUUAUUACAGAUGACUAUCAAGUGAAUGAGCUAAUCAUGUUCUGUCAGUUUAGUAGAAAUAUAUUGUAUUUUAAAAUAUUUAGCCUAACAUCUCUAUAUAUUUAAUGUUGAAUCUCUGUUUGGGUCUAUUUGUUAUCCUUUUACAGUAUUAAAUGGUUUUCUUCACUAAUAUAUUUUUUAUUACUAUCAUCUAAACUGCCAUAGAAGAAACCUCAAUGUAUCAUUCAGUAAAGUCCCCUUGCUUCAUAAUCAGACUGUAGUUUUUCUGUUCCAAAUAGAGGAGUGCUUUAUGCUUUUUCUAAAGUUUUCCUUAAAAAUGAAUUUCGGGCCUCUGAGAGUCUUUCAAACCUCACAUUCAAGAAAAAUUUCAUGAUCUGUAUUUUCAUACUUUAUGUUAUUUCUUUUUUCUAUUCAGUUUUGUGUAGAUGUUAAUGAUUAAUAUAUAUUUUAUUUUUACCCAUAACUUUCCCAAUAUAUGCGUAUAUGUUAGGGUCUGAAGAUUCCAGAGACAAGUUCAGCUAAAAACACUUUAAAAGUAUAUUUUGGUAUCUGCAUUACUUUGCACAUCUUCAUUUUCCCAGAUUAUAAUAAACAGUUGCAGAGUGAACAAAUGGA